AUGGAUGUCAACCACUUCCUCAUCAGUUCUUUAUUAGAAAGGUGGAGAUCAGAAACUCACACAUUUCACUUCCCCUAUGGAGAGACUACUAUGACACUAGAGGAUGUAGUUGUCCUCCUUGGCCUACCGAUAGACGGAGAUGUGGUCACUGGUCCCACUACGGUUCAGGACAUAUUCGCCACCUUCCAUGAACACCUAGGUGUCAUCCCACCACCGACGGUGAUAAGAGGGAACUCAAUAAGAGUUUCUUGGUUAAACUCUACUUUCCAACAGCUUCCACCGAAUGCAAACAAUGAGGUUAUUGCUCAAUAUGUGAGAGCGUACAUUCUCACAUUGAUUGAAAGCAUUUUAAUGCCAGACACGUCUGCAGCUAGGGUACAUGUCAUGUAUCUACUUAGGUUAGCUGACUUAAAUGUAGUCAGGAAUUAUAGUUGGGGGUCUGCAGUUUUGUCUUGCCUAUAUCGUUGCCUAGAUCAUGGCAUUCACCUACGCCAAGAAAAUAUUCGUGGAUGCAUGAUCUUGUUACAAUGUUGGGCUUGGGAGAGGAUUACUACUAUAGCCCCACAACUUCAACCUUUAAGUGAUCAGGAGGUGGCUGAUGGGGAUGGUUUCCCUGUCUGUAGAAGGUGGAUGAAUUUCUUGUGGAGGCCUUACACUCGACAAGAAGUUAGUCGAUUGAUUGUGGUUGACAUCCCUCCGGUAUCCAGAGCAACAGUCCCAAUAAUUUGCUUCGCCACAGUAGAAAUCCAUCAGGCGGAUAGGGUGAUGCGUCAGUUUGGUUUAAGACAAAACAUUCCGCCUGAGCCGGUUAACCUGGAUCAAGUUCACAGGGAUGACUUGAGGGGGAGAAACGACAGAGAUUGGGUAGGACAUCAUCACCAGUGGAUUGCAAUUUGGAAUGAUCGAGAAAAUCGGAUCGUUCAAGGUACACCUUUAGCGGAAACGGCCAUUUGCGUGAUGAAACAUCGUAUAUGCAGUGGUACAUAA